UGUGUGUCUGCGUGUGUGCGUGUGUGUUGCACGCACGCUCCCUGCGGGGGUGAUUUAUGGCGACUUGGGGUGUCUGUGUGUGUGUUUGUGUGUGUGUGUUUUCGUGUCUGCGUGUGUGUGUUGCAUGCACGCUCCUGGAGGGGGUGAUUUAAGGCGCCUUGGGGUGUCUGUGUGUGUGUCUGCGUGUGUGCGUGUGUGUGUGUGUGUUGCACGCACGCUCGCUCCCGGCGGGGAUGGUUUAAGGCGACUUGUGGUGUCUGUGUUUGUGUGUGUGUGUGUGUGUGUGUGCUGCACGCACGCUCCCGGCGCGGGUGAUUGAAGGCGACUUGGGGGUGUGUGUUUGUUUGUGUGUGCGCGUGUGUGUGUUGCACAGACGCUCCCGCCGCGGGUGAUUUAAGGUGACUUGUGUGUGUGCGAGUGUGUGCGCCCGUGUGCCCCGCUCCCCGCGCUCACAAAAGCGCCACUGUCAGCCGUGCCCGCCGCCAGCAGGGAAGGGCACCUCCCGGGAAUGGGCGGGAGGCUGGAAUGUCAGCCAGCCCCCCACCCCCCGAUGUGGGAACGCGCGGACCAGUCCCAGGAAACCCAUUUCCUUCGGGGCCCAGGCUCCCGGCUGCAUCUAUGUCACAAACCAGUGGUUCCUCCCCGCUGUGAGAGGAGACAUCCCUCCUGGCUGUGCAGCCCAUGGAUUUGUCUGUGAUGGCACCAGAAUACUGGUUUUUGGGGGAAUGGUUGAGUAUGGACGCUACAGCAACGAGCUGUAUGAGUUACAGGCAAGUCGCUGGUUAUGGAAAAAAGUGAAACCCCAACCUCCUCCUUCUGGCUUACCUCCUUGUCCUCGGCUCGGACAUAGCUUCUCUUUAUAUGGUAACAAAUGUUUUUUGUUUGGUGGACUCGCAAAUGAAAGUGAAGACUCAAACAACAACGUUCCCAGAUAUCUGAAUGAUUUCUACGAGCUGGAGCUACAGCACGGUUCUGGUGUGGUGGGUUGGAAUAUUCCGGUGACGAAAGGGGUCGUGCCUUCUCCCAGAGAGUCCCACACAGCUGUUAUAUAUUGCAAGAAAGACUCUGGAAGCCCAAAGAUGUACGUUUUUGGUGGAAUGUGCGGUGCUCGCCUGGAUGACCUGUGGCAGCUUGACAUAGAAACGAUGUCCUGGUCAAAACCAGAAACAAAAGGGACGGUGCCACUUCCGCGAAGCCUCCACACUGCCAGCGUUAUAGGAAACAAGAUGUACAUUUUUGGUGGCUGGGUUCCACAUAAAGGGGAAAAUAAUGAGACUGCACCCCAUGAUUGUGAAUGGAGAUGUACCAGUUCAUUUUCUUACCUAAAUCUGGAUACGGCAGAGUGGACCACCCUUGUGUCAGAUUCUCAGGAGGAUAAAAAAAAUUCACGGCCUCGACCCCGAGCCGGACACUGUGCGGUUGCAGUUGGCACCCGGUUAUACUUCUGGAGCGGAAGAGACGGCUACAAAAAGGCCUUAAACAGUCAAGUUUGCUGCAAGGACCUUUGGUAUCUUGAUACUGAGAAACCACCAGCACCUUCCCAGGUCCAGCUGAUCAAAGCCACGACCAACUCCUUCCACGUGAAGUGGGACGAGGUGCCGACUGUGGAGGGCUACCUUUUGCAGCUGAACACGGACUCGCCAUACCAGGCUGCGCCGCCAGACGCCUCAGCAGCCCCGAAUAUGCAAGGAGUCCGGAUGGACCCUCACAGACCAGGCAGUAACAGCGCCGUUCCCAACAAUAUCAGUGACACAAUGAACAGUGCAAAAAUUGAACAUACAGCUAUGAAAGGAGCGUCAGUGAGAAACAAACCAGAUCUCAAAGCAGCAGCUGAUUCAAAUGCCAUUUUACAUUCAUCUUUGGCAACUAAUUCUUCUAAUCAUAAUAGUGUGGUGGAUAUACUAAGGAAAAAUGAAGGUCCUCACACUUCCGCAAAUCUAGGUGUUCUAAGUAGUUGCCUGGAUUUACGAACAGUAAUCCCCGAAAGCUCCGCGUCCGGUACUGUUCCCAGCGCGCACACUAUGGUAACCCAGCAGACCAUUAAAACUGAAUCAUCCAGUACAAACGGGGCGGUUGUUAAAGAUGAAACUUCACUCACAACAUUCAGUACCAAAUCUGAAGGUGAUGAAACGUCACUGCCAGCAAGUAAGAUCAGCCGCGUGGAAGGUCCCGCUGCAGCCCUGCCCUUCGCCAAAGAGAUUCCUCCAAGCCCAGCGACCACGGUGAAGCCAGGAGAGCGGCAGUGGUGCGACGUAGGCAUUUUUAAGAACAACACAGCUUUGGUGAGCCAGUUCUAUUUGCUGCCCAAAGGGAAACAAAGCAUCUCAAAGACGGGGAACGGAGACGUCCCCGACUACAGUUUACUCAAGAAACAAGACCUGGUUCCCGGCACGGGCUACAAGUUCCGGGUGGCCGCCAUCAAUGGCUGUGGGAUCGGCCCUUUCAGCAAGGUCAGCGAGUUUAAGACCUGCAUUCCGGGCUUCCCUGGAGCUCCGUCCGCAGUCAGAAUCUCCAAGAAUGUUGAGGGCAUUCAUCUUUCCUGGGAGCCUCCCACUUCACCUUCUGGAAAUAUCUUGGAAUACUCGGCCUACUUGGCUAUCCGCACAGCACAAAUACAAGAUAAUCCAAGCCAGCUUGUGUUCAUGAGGAUUUACUGCGGCCUUAAGACAGCCUGUGUAGUGACCGCAGGGCAGCUCGCCAACGCACACAUCGACUAUACGUCCCGGCCUGCCAUCGUGUUCAGGAUAUCGGCCAAGAAUGAAAAGGGGUACGGACCAGCCACGCAAGUUAGAUGGCUUCAAGGUAACAAUAAGAAAGCACCUUUGAAUUGAUUGGGUUGUUGUUGUUGUUUUUUACUGACGCUAUUGUGAUGAUGAUUAUUUAUUAGUAACUGGUUAUGAAGAUUUGUCAUUUUGAGAGUACUCUCUGUAUUUCUAGCACUUAUGAAUUUGAGUUUGUAACUUGUUCUUAAAAUGUAUUUGCUCAAUUUCUAGAUCCAAAUAAAGAUAGAAAAGAAGCAAAGACUCUCUGAAAAUCAGUAUAUGGAUUCUUCCUUACAGUUAUAGGUCUUUUACAAAAGGAAAUAGUAAAGUUAGGAUAAAAGCUAGGAGGCUUUUUUAUUGGCCAAGUCCCGAUAACUUAGUUACCCUCGAGUUACUGAGAUGGUUCUAGUAACUGGCUGUGGCUCGCUGUGCUGUCUUCCCGAGUAAAUGUUCACUGUAAAUGCUCAUCUACAAGUGCCCCUGGAUUUUGUGCUGUGAGCCCCGACCCUCCCGCCCUCUCUCUUCCUGUGUGUAUUUGCGAGACUGAGUCCAGUCCUCAGUUCCCUUCCUGUUUCUCUACGUGUAGCACAGAGCGAAGACGUUUUAAAAACAAACACGCAAGUUCACAAACUUUGCGUUUGCGUUUUUAUUAUUUUCCAGGAAUCAUAUUUGGUAAAGUACAAAACCAAUAAUGGGCUUUCUUGAUUCUUACCAGGCUGACGUAUUGGAAUCUAUUUUUAGCCAAAGCACUUAAACUUUAUCUGGCCCCGUUGUCCUUGUAAAUAGACGAGGGAGUUAAAAGGAUUUAUCUCGGAGGUCUCCCUCAGCACUCAAAUUUUGUAUUUUCAUCAGAAGCGAAGUGAGUCCUUGAACAUUUUAACACCUGCCCUCAUGGCUCUGACUUCCUCUCGGUGAAUUAAAAUGUCAUCAUUUAAAAUUCAGAAUCGAAGCAUCAUGUCCUCCGGCGGCAGAAAGAAUGGCAGAAGCCCCUGCGGAGGACACAAAUUUUGAAAUAGUGUUUUGAACAUUUGUAAGAUUUUUGUAAAUGCUCUAAAUGUUUUAUUUUUGCAUUGUUUUUACCUCGAAAUUGUAUAAACUUUUUUACAACGGAACUAUAGCAUUAGACAGCGUGCUCAGGUUCAUCACAGCCUCAAGGAGGCAGAUGGGCAUCCUGUACACUCUGCUACGGGCAACGUGUUUUAAACCGAUGGGGGCGUGCCUGGUUCCACUGCCUGCUCAGUCCGGAGUAACAGACAAGCAAUAAUCGCAGUAGCUGCAGGGUGACAAGCCUGUCUUUUUGAUACCGUGUAAUCCUUUUGCCCACCAAGGUUGACUGAGACGCUGUGUCCUCAAACUUCAUGUACAAAACCCCUAGCAAAGAUGAAUUUAAUUGUGCAGAAUGGAUAUAUAUGUUCCAGUUACUAAUUUAAAGUGUAUAGAAUAUUUUAAUAUAUAAUUUUGUAAAGAACUGGGAUUUUUAUACUACAGUAUUUGUAAUUAAUGUGUCUCACUAAGUUUCUCUUGAAGAAAAUAUGCAAACUGUUGGACACGGAAUGAGUGGUUUCCGAACUCUAAAGGCAAAAUAAAUGCACUACUCUGGAGUUGUUAGAAUCCCUUCUUUGUGCUGUGUGGAUCCUUCCUCCCUCAAUGUCCUUUGCAGACCGUGUUUACAAGGAGCUUCCCCGGUUAGUUAGCCCGGCGCCCCCUCGGUGAGAGCUCUGUUGUGCGUGGGUUUAGCUCCUGUGCUCUGCUUUUAGCAUAUGCUUGCUUUUUUGCACUAGUAGGAUUUUAACUUACCUCAUUAUUAUGUUUGUAAUCAUUUGUAUAGCUUCCAUAAUAUGUCUGACAUAGGCUAAACAAGUACUUAACCAAAGUUAAAGUGAAAAUAAAUGGUAAGCAGUUUUGCACGUAUGAAAACGCUAGGGUUUGUUGUGUAUUAUGUGUGCAUUUAGUUAUAAACAAAAAUAAGAAUGAGAUGUUCUAGUUAAGUAUGUGUUUUAAGAACGAUCAUUGUCAUGAUCUAAUUGCUUUCAUUCGAGUAAUCUGACUUUUCACUUCUUACUGUUGACAUUAACCGUUUGCAUCCUGAAGCACCUCUCUUAAUGACAAGGAGUCUGUUGAGCUUCAGCAAGAUCUACAGUACUGGUCUGUGUGCAUUUGCACCUGUGCGGUGCCAGGUUCCGUUUACUCAAACGCCUCUGCUACUCUGGCGACCCGGAAAGCAGCCACCGGUGACGCUGACAUUCUCUAGAGAGAAGGGUGGUUCAUUUCUGUAUCAAGGGACUUGUUAAAAUAGCAACAGAUUUUACUUUGAGAAUUAACCCUACUGCUGUUUUUUUUUUUCUUUUUUGCAUCUGUCCUUUAAGCGUAGCUUUGUUCAGUUCUCUGAUACGAGAUUGGCAUUUGAAAGAUGCACUGAAAACUCUUUGAGCUGUGUGUGCUCAUGGAUCGGAUGGGCAAGAGUCAGUGGCAAGAGAAGGGCAUUCAGCCUUUCUCAAGCAAGGAGCUCUUUCCUUACUAGCGGCUCCACGGCGUGCGGACUCUUUCCCCGGGAAUUCAGUUCCUUUCUUGAGGCCUGUCCGUGACAAGGCAUCUCAGAUGUGCAGGCCACAGCUCUCUUACUGGGUCCUGCAACUUGGCUUCAUUUAUGGAACAAGAAGAGCUUAGUGUCGCAUGCUCUCGGGAUUAUGUUUUCUAAAAUACCACGCUGGCUUUAUUUCAGUUUAGCAACCUGCUAGGACAAAGUAACUAGAACUUGGGUUGUUAGAAACCCACUUUGACCUGAAAACGAUGUUCAGUGACCUAAAAAUGAUCUAAAUUCCCGUAAGAGACCCCACCCUGAGCCAGAUUACAUAAAUGGACUCACCUGAAGGGAGGUAAAGCUGUUGAGCCGCUAUUUCAAAGGCUUGUAGAUUAGCAAAGGUGUGUUCUCGCUGGACAAUCGGCCGAGUGCAGUGGCGCACUUGUACCACGAAAAUCACUCGCACAGAGGACAUGAGGAGAUCACAGUAUUCCAGAUCGGAGCUGUCUGGCCGCAGGCGAAGGGCCUCGGUAGGCUUGGCUUUUCCUCUGAAGCAUCACACACAUUAUUAGUUUUGGGGGCUGGAGUGAUAGCACAGCAGGUAGGGCGUUUGCCUUGCACGCAGCCGACCCGGGUCAAAUCCCAGCAUCCCAUAUGGUCCUCUGAGCACCGCCAGGGGUGAUUUCUGAGUGCAGAGCCAGGAGUAACCCCUGUGCAUCUCCAGGUGUGACCCCCCCCAAAAAAAUAAAAAAACAGUAGUUUUUGGUAAGACUGAUUUUAGGCAGUUUGAUGUGUUCUGUGCCAAUGCUAUGUAAAAUAAAGCACCUUUCUGCCGGGGACUGUUCUAGGUGUUCUUUAUUUUGAAUUUCACGAAAGGACUCAGCGAUGGCAGAGUAAAUCUGUGGACGUGCCGACGUACUCGAGGCACUUGCAGAGUCGGGGUGGGGGGGCGGGGGUGGUCUCAUCAAGAAGGCGUCUAGUGCGGCUUGGAAGCCCGUGGGCUGAGUCUGCCAGGCCCAUCCUAGGGAAGCGGGGCGCUGACUGCUGGGAAGGAAAAGGCAAAGGCUCCCCGAAGUGGUCUAAACGUGACUCUGCUCUUCUGUCUUUCGUUCAUCUCUUCACCCUGCAGCGGCAUCAGCUUCCGCCCAGCUCAGGGGGAUGCGGCCCUGAGCCCAGCCAGGCCCCAGUCCCUGCCUUGCUCUUCGCUUUGCCCCCUGAAGCUGGUCAGCACCUGUGAGACUGCGUCUCCGAGGGUCCUCUCUGUGCCCCCCCUUUCCCAGCCCACCCCUUUCUGGAUGGGGGUCCCAGGUUGUUAGCUUCCUGUCACCUAUUUUGACCCUUUGCCGAGCUCUUGCCCCUUCUUCCUGUGCCCCUGGGCCCUGAGGUGACUCUUCCAUCACAGCACCCUACAAACUCUGCUUCUCUCUUCUCGCCUCCCUCCCUCUGCCGUGUUGGCACCUGGAGGUGGUGUCUGCCUCUCCUCCCGAUGGCAGAAUAGCCAGCCUUGGACCCUUGUCUCUCUCCUCCCAGUCCCCCUUCCCUACACCAGGAAGCCAGAGGGAGGGAUGCUUUAAAAGUGGCGGGAACUUGAGCAGAUUUUGCCUGCCUGCUGAAGAAAUAGAGGUUCCGGCUGUGGCUCACCUUAUUCUGCCAUUGAGUGGGGCCGAAAGAGAUCCCAUCUAACUGCGAUGGAAUUCAGGAGGGGCUCUGCUCCAGAAAGAUCAUUGGGGGCGGGGGUGGGGUGGGGGUCAGCGGGCACAGUUGGCUUCUGCUGCUUAACACGGGGAGGCCAGGAAGCCACCUCGAGUUAGUCCCGGGGAAGGCCAGGAGCAAGGAGCCUGCCUACUUGAGGCCAGGGCGCUAGCCUCGGAACCGCAGUGCGGCGUGUCCCAGGCAGGACCCUGUCGUCCACGGCAGGAUCAGGGGGAAGGUCACACCUUCCAGGUUCCCCAGAUCGUGUUCCCCAUAGUGGGACAUGUAAGAACUGCAGGUGUGACCGUUCCUGGGAAAACAGAAACUCCAGCCUUCUUGGAGGAAGCCAGUUCUGGAAACUGAAAUGAAGAAAGAAAAGGCCGUAAUGAUCAAAGUCUCCUUGUUCCCAGUGGAGUUUUACUCCUCCUUCUUGGUGGCUUCUUUCUGGUCCUCUGAAGGACUCCGGCCCGGAAGAUGUGCGCUGGUGGCACUUGUUCCUCUCAGUGGGGGGUCUAGAGCCCGGCUGAGGUGCUUCUGUUUAUUGAUGGGCAGAUAGAUCAAGUCAGCAAGAGUGGCCCUUAGAGUCUUCUGCCUCUCACUUGGUCACCACCAUACCCCAAGUUCCAGUCUUUGGAACCCGGGUUCUGCUCCCUUUGGCAUUGGAGGCAGAGAAGAGUAGGAGAUCCCAGAGCCGAGCUUGUCCAGGCAGUGGAAUUCCUGUCUCCUGAUGGGAUUUGCCAGCUGCUGAGGGUCUUCACAGCAGGCUCGGAGAUGUGAGAGCAUCCCCAGAGACCCCCUGAAGGUAGAUGUGCAGACGGGAGGACAUCACGGCACAGCCUAGCUGUAGCAGAGAAGGAAACGGUUCCCCACCUUCUUGGACCCCUUCCCUGGUCUCCUGCCCCCUCCCCCCCAGGGACAAGCAGUUAAAGGGACGCAUCAUUCCUCAGCCCGUUAGUUGAGGCAGGCACAGGGAGAUGGGCGUGUGUCUGAGUAUGUCCAGGUUAGGAAGGAAAGGUGGCAGAUGAUCUUGGGCUUUUGCGCGGAGAGUCUGUCUGUCCAUGUGGAACCCGUGGGCCAGCAAAUAUCUGGCUCUGACCAAGCCGCUGCUCCAGUCGGGGUGAUGGUGAAGAAGCCCACUUAAGAACUUGAGGACUUCUGACCGUGUCUUACUGGAGAGGGACAAGGGAGCAGGUAUAACAGUGCCAUCUGAUGGAAUGAAGGCGCGAAGGCCAGCUCGCAGUUUGUCUUGGCAAAUCUUUGGCUGCUAGUUGCAGUCCGGCGCCACCUGCUGGCAGGGACUAUCCAUUGCAGUUUAAUCUGGAUAAGAGUUGGAAGUUUGUCACUUGCUUGGAAUUUAUUUCUCUCUUAAUAGCUCCUGCAAAACCUCUAACUCUCUGGCAAGUUCACUCCUCUGUUUUAAGUGCAGAUAGAGAGAUGGGAUCUGGGAAUAGUUCUUUUGUUUCCGAAUUCCCUGGGAAUUGGUUGUUGGCCACUUUUCUGUCAGCUCUAAAGCACCUUUUGCACCCACUCCCUAACCCAAGAUACUAACUUUUGUGUGCCCUGUUUGAGUCUAGGGAUUGAUUAGACAGAUGUUUCAAGAUGUUCUUCUUUCUUCAAGUCUUCUAAGUUGUAUGCCAAAACUUAUAGUUUAUUCCCUGACGUAGGAAAGAGUAGUUUGAACCUUAACCGUGCCUGCAGUGAGCCUGGCAACAACAUCAUUGCGAAAUUGUUUUGACGAUUGUGUGACCGGCCCAGCCGCUCUGGGGAAAGCAGUCAGUGUCCACCUUGCGGUCUCUGUGCUUCUUGGAUUUAGCACAUACAUGCAUUCCUAGGCAAGCUUGCCAAAGGAAAUUUGUACUUUCAAAGGUCAACAGAACUCAGUAAAAAGGUCUGGGUGUCGGCAGCUUUGGGGGUUUUCUAUCACCUGUAGUUUCACUUCCUGCUUUCUACAAAGUAACUUGUACCCAUUUGAACAUAGUAGCCAGUAACCUGGAAGAUUCCCAGCCAGCUUGUCAGAGCAGAGUAGGAUCUUGUGGGAUCCUGAUCCUCUUUGGGAACCUUGUUAAUUGAAAUAAGGAAUCGCCCAGAUCCCUCCCCUCCUCCCCGCCAUAUUCUCUGGAGCUUCAUCUCCAGCUGUUAGCACAGUUGGCUGAUGUGCAGCACACAGGAGUGGUCGAAAUACUGGGACAUGUUUCCUUCCUGAUGAUGAAGUAAGGCAUCACAGACCUUGUAACCUAUUUUCUAUAAAAGGCAGCAGUUUCUGUUUUCUGUUGCAGCACCAGGGAUGAAGCCCAGGCCUCAACCCUGCACAAUCAGUGCACACUUGCUGAACUCUGUCCUGGCCCUCUUGUUCUUGGGGAAUAGAUAAAGUGAUCAUGCAUAAACUUCAGAAUUAACUCGUUCUCAGAUGCCUAGAACCCUGCCACCCUCUUUGCCCCCUCCAUACGCACCUUUCUUGAGGCAAACUUGACUCUUGAAUUUUGUUAAUUCUCGUUUUUCAAAUUGACCAUCUGUGUUCGUACUCCUGACAAGAGGUGUUUAGACUAAGCCAGUUUUGAACUUUGAUGUAAAUGGAACCAGAACUUCGAUGUAAAUGAAAUCAGAUUUAUCCUCAUGUGACUUUUCCUGACUUUGCUGUUGAAAUUCCCAUCCACGUUUAUGCAUGUAGCUGUUUUCCCUUUUCAUGGCUUUGUUUGUGUUCAUGACUAUAUAGUAUUCCGCUGGUUGCCAUACCAUAGUUUUCAUACCUGUUCUGUUGCUUUUGGUUAUUGUUGCAAAGGAUGUGGCACCUAACAUUUUGCCAGUGAUAAUAUAAGUUCUGUGUGGGCAAGGACUGUGUUAUUCAGAUAUUUGACCUCCUCGAACAAUGCCAUAUGAGAUGAAGAUACUCAAUAAAUAUUUGAGGAAUGAAUAAAUCCUCAUACCCACUUCUGGUUGACAUGUGCAAGAAUUGCCUAAGAUAGUUGUUUUCAGCAGAACACGCAUAAGCCCCUGGCAGGGCAUCUGUGAAGAAAGGGUCAUUUUCAUUAAAAUGCCAAGUCGUCAUCAGCUGUGCUCCCGUUUUUCACAGGGUUAAGUAUUUUUCCAGAUAAAAUGACAAACCCACUCUGCUGUGCAUGUGUCCAUAUUUUAGUUUUGAAGCUCUCUCUUCAAGUAUAGUAAAUACUGGUCAGUGUCGGUCUUGAACAGCAUUUCUUUGAGGUGCCCUCCCACACUCUCAAGGCCAUCCAAGGGAUUGUAAGAUCAAAAAUCUGAGAAUCGCAGCUCUAAGAAGUAGGCUUCGCUUGGUUUUGCUGAACUGUUUUUAAAUAUUUGUACCAACGCAUUCACCCACUGGCAUUGGUAAGUGUCAUUGUUCUAAAUCAGCAAAUGUCGCAUCUUGACAAGUUUUAUAUUUCCCAACUGACUGACUUGUAUAUGGUAUCCUAGUGUGAAUUUAAUUUACAUUUUCUUGUUUACUAAUAAAAAUGAGUGUUUUUUUUUUCAUAUAUACACUAGUGUUUUCUCUUCUGUGAAAUACCUAUAUUCACGUCUCUUGCCCGGGUUUCUGUUAGGAAUGUGUGUGUAUGUGUGUGUGUUACUGAUGCUUUAUAUAUUGUGGAGCCCGAUCCUUUGUGGGUUAAACAUGUUGCAUAUAUCUUCUCCCAGUUUGUGUAUUAUGUUUUGUAAUUGUAUUGGACCUGUUGGUCAACUUGGAGAAAAUUGGUAUCUCUCAACAAUGAGUCUUCCUAGCCAAAUACAAUAUGUAUAUGUUCAUUUAUUUGGUCUUCCUUUAAUAUCUCAAUAAACUUUAAUAAUUUUUCUCUGUAA